AUAGCCUUGAACGUGUGGGCAGAGACAGUGCUAUGUCACAGCAGCCCCGUGGCCACAGGCCAGCCUGUCUUCAUCAUAGCUUUGAGGCUCUCAAGCUGGACGAUAAAGAUAUGGACAAGAAACCACUCUCAGGCAUUGAUUGUAAAUAUAAGUUUGAUAGCUGCAGCAGUCGUGACUUCCCUAGCUCUGCUGCAUCCAGCAGGAGACAUACUUUGGACAUGACCUAUAGUGCCUUACCUGAAAGUAAACCACCUCUGGUUAGCGAUGUUUAUGGACAGAAAUUUAACCACUUUGGAUAUCAGGGUGUAGUGCCGCUUCAGUCUUCUGUGAGGACUCAGAUGUGGCUUACAGAUCAACUCCACGCUAAUUCCCCAGAGCGCAGGGCAGCCGAGGAAAUGUGUGGUUUUUCAGCUUGGCAGCCAAUGGAUCAUCUCCGCCAGGAUACAGAUCAGGUUGCUUCCUCCUCUCGUCCAGUGUAUACUGCGAUGCCCUUAAGCCAUGAUGUCGCCAAAUGGGAAUCUCUGAUGAAACUCAAAGAAGGCUUACUGAGGCAAAAAGAGUUUGUAAUCGACAGGCAGAAGCAGCAGAUCUGUCACCUUCAGCAUGCAGUCAGAGGCAAUGAGCUGCGCUCUCAGCAGACAAUUGGGAACUCUGAGACUAAUGGGGAAGAUGGCUGCUUACAUGGUCUGAAGGGUCCACCAUGUGAAGCCAAAACUCUGCAGAAAAUAUCUCAAGGCAGAACGCAGACUCUUCUUCGAAACAGGGAAGAACUUGAGCAUAAGCUGGCAUCUGCUGAAAUAGAGCUUGCGCAGUUCAAUGAAGUCCUGAAGCAGAGCACAGGCAAAUCCAAUGAAGACAUAAAAAAGCUGGAGGAAAAGAUCAAAACUAGAGACAAGUAUAUCAGCAGCCUAAGAAAAAAAUGUCAAAAAGAGAGCGAACAAAACCGGGAAAAGCAGAGGCGGGUGGAAACCUUAGAGAAAUAUGUGGCCGACCUCCCUACGCUUGACGAUGUGCGUAAGCAGAGCGAAAGGCUGCAGGUUGUUGAGGAGGAAAACAAGCAGCUGAAGGAAAAAACCAGGAGCCUGGAAAAAUUACUCAACGAGUCCAGGACGCAGUGCCGUGAAAAAGAGGCAGAGACGGAGUGUCAGAAACAGAGGGAGAAGGAGCUUGUCCUAACGGUGCAAAGCUUGCAGCAAAAAGUGCAGAAGUGCUUAGAGGAUGGAGUUCGACUUCCGAUGCUGGACACAAAGCAGCUACAGAUUGAGAAUGAGCGCCUGAGAGAGCAGACGGAGCGGGCUAAUAAGGUCAUAGACAAUCAACAAAAUCAGAUUGACAGUAUGACGGCUGAAAUCCAGUCCUUAAAAGAGAAGCUGACGCGAGAACGAUCGGCAGCCCUAGAGCUUGAGAGGGCUGCGGCAGAGGGAGUGGAAUGCGGUCAACAACUUGAUAAGCUCUGUCUUGAAAACCAGAAGCUGAAGGAGGAGAAUUUGGCUAUGAGAAUGCAGAUGGAAGAGUUACAUCUGUCCCGACAGCCACUGUCUGAGAAGAUUCCAGUAGCCGAGCAGCUGUUUGAGGAGAUGUCUCACUGUCUAUUUGACUUGAAGGCCCUCUGCAGUAUACUAAAUCAAAGAGUUCAGGGCAAGGAACCCAACCUCUCUCUGCUCCUCGGCAUUGCAUCUGCUAACUGCUUCUCCGAAGAAAAUGAAACCUGCCAUAGCACAGAGAGCAUUACUCAGAAACUUCUAGAAGCCCGCCAGUUACGGAAAGAUAUUGAUGAUCUGAGGACUACAUUGUCAGACUGCUAUGCUCAGGAUAUGGGAGACAACUGCAUUACCCAGUAAUGUGCGUGGACAUCAGACCUUCCUAAUAAAUGCUGCUUUGUUCGUGUUCCUUGCAUUUCUACUUGGGAGCCAUAUCUGAACCCGUUUUCUAUGCACAUCUGGAGAAGCAGAGAUGGUACAUUCUAAGACACCUGCUAAUCUGGACACAUCUCUCCAGUAUGAAAAGAACAAGGAAUAGUCCUGACGUCACAUUUCAUACAAACAAAACUACUGAAUGUUUGCUUCUGCUGUGAAUGUUGAUGUUUCUCCAUGAAAUAAUCUAUGGUGUUCCACACAAAGGAGAACCACACGAAGAUAUAAUGCCCUUACCAGCCAAAUGUAAGGAACUAAAGUUCCGACCUACACUAGCCCUUCAACACAGGGUGUAUCAAAUGCCAACUCAGCUGCAUUUUGAAGAUUGCAAGACAAAUAAUUGGCACAAUUAACCUUUUAUGAUGGGAUUAUUCACUAAUUGCUGAAUUUCGACCAGUAUAUAACUUGAAACUGGCAAUUCAACCUGCCCCGUCCCCCAGUUGAAUCUUC